GGAAGGGUGACCUUCAGGGAUCAAAUCGCAAUUGGGCCCUUCCCCGUCUUCCUCGCAUCAUCAGCCAGCAACUCUCUCCGUGAGCAAUUUGCAAGCAUAUCCUCCUUCUCCGCCGCAACAACCGGCGCGGCUGCGCCCAAAGGCAAGGAAGAAGAUGCGACUGGAGGAGUGAGGCUAACUUAACUCUAUUUGAUCUUCGAUAUGCUGAGAAAUAGGAACUGGCUUGGAACGUUACCAUCGAGAUGGAUAUUGUCAAUCAGGGCGUUAAGUUCGAGUGAACCAUCGAUGAGAGAGGUGUCAGACUCAUCGAAAAAAAUAUGUAAAAUAAUGACCUCGAACCCCACGGUGGUUCUGCACACAGCCCUCGACCAAAGUGGGGUCCGUGCUUCUCAGGAAGUGGUCGAGGAUGUCCUCAAGAGGUUCGCAAAUGCUGGUAUGUUGGCAUAUCGGUUCUUCGAGUGGGCCACGAAGCAGAGGAACUACUUCCACAGUGUGAAGGCCUACCACUCAAUGAUCGAGUCCCUCGCCAGGAUUCGGCAGUAUCAGAUCAUGUGGGAUCUCGUGAACGCAAUGAGGAAGGAGGGCACCCUCAACAUUGAGACAUUCUGCAUCAUUAUGAGGAAGUAUGCACGGGCACAGAAGGUGGAGGAAGCGGUGUACGCGUUUAACGUGAUGGAGAAGUAUGGCAUGUCCCCAAAUGUUGCUGCAUUCAACAGUCUAUUGAGCGCUCUCUGCAAGGCCAGGAACGUGAGGAAGGCCCAGGAGAUAUUCGAGUCCAUGAAGGAGCGAUUUGUGCCCGACUCGAAGACAUAUAGCAUAUUGAUAGAAGGGUGGGGGAAGGCUCCGAACCUCCCCAAGGCAAGGGAGAUCUUCCGGGAAAUGGUGGGCAGUGGGUGCGAGCCCGAUAUAGUGACCUACGGUAUUAUGGUCGAUGUCCUGUGCAAAGCAGGCAGGGUUGAUGAGGCAGUGGGAGUCAUUAGGGAAAUGAGCCCCGUGUUCCCUAAGCCGACUCCUUUCAUCUACAGUGUUCUAAUCCACACUUAUGGGGUAGAGAACCGUAUCGAGGACGCAGUGGACACAUUCUUGGAGAUGGAGAGGAAUGGAGUCCCUGCUGAUGUGGUGGCCUAUAAUGCCCUGAUCGGCGCAUUCUGUAAAGUGAAUCGACUUAAGAACGCCUACAGGGUCCUAAACGAAAUGGAUGCUAAGGGGACCAAGCCCAACUCAAGGACCUACAACAUUAUAUUGAUAACCUUGAUCAGAAGAGGAGAAUCUGAUGAGGCGUAUAAAGUGUUCCGUAGAAUGAUUAAGGUUUGUGAUCCAGAUGCAGACACCUACACAGUGAUGAUAAAGAUGUUCUGCGAGAGCAAUGAGCUAGAAAUGGCUCUGAAGGUGUGGAAGUACAUGACGUUGAAGAGGUUUGUCCCAAGCAUGCACACGUACACAGUGCUUAUAAAUGGGCUGUGCGAGAAGGGCAAUUUGAAGAAAGCUUGCAUGUUGCUUGAAGAGAUGAUGGAGAAAGGAAUUAGGCCUUCUGGGGUCACGUUUGGGAGGAUAAGGCAGUCGCUUAUCAAGGAAGGGAGAGACGAUGUGUUGAAGUUUCUUCAGGAGAAGAUGAACCUUUUGGUUAAAGAGCCUUUGUGGGAUUGAUUCAUAAGUAUUUUAUUGCGAGGAGCAACAUUCUAGAUCAAGCAAGAGGGAGAUAGCGAGCUCGGACCUCUGGUCCGACAUCCUGUUCGGGUCUGGAGAUCAUCGACUAUUCCAGCAAUCGAGCCGACAGUAGCAGCAAUAGUUACGAUGAGACAACCACAGCUUAAGAGUUUCAGAGAGACCCAUUUGACGGCCCACUUUUGGAUUUUCAUCUGCUCUAUGUACA